AACUUCAGAGAGGGAAAGUGAUUUGCCCAGGGCCACAUGGCCCCAGCUGAAAGGGGGUGGAGCAGCAGAUGCCCCUCAGGAAGGCUUGGGGUUUGAAACCUGCCUCAGGCCCUUCCUUACUAGCUGGGUGACCCUGGGCAAAGUCACUGAACCUCAGUUUCCUCAUCUGUAGCUGGCAGUUUGGAUUUGAUGGGGUGUCUAAGGGUCUUCUUGACUCUACAUUGUGACCUCGCCUGGGUUCUCUGAAGGUGGCAUCCUCCGGGGGUCCUUCUGCCCAUCCCCUCUAGCGAGGGCUUGCAUGCCCUCUUUGUAUCUACAGAGCCCUCCUUGCGUGUCAUAGGCAUGUGAUGAGGGUGUCUAGACAGUAGCAUACAGUAGUGAUGCAGUCGCUGACAUUUACACAGCCCCUGGCUGUAUUGGGAUUCUUGAUCCGCUCCAGCACCCCAGUGGGUAAAUGAGAUCAGUCUCAUCAGUGGGGAGUUCUGGGAGACCCCUUCCCCUCAGACCAUCACGUCCAGACUUUGAGAAACUUUGGCGGCUUGUCCGGGUCACCAGCUCCUUCCUGCCCAUUUAGAAGGAGAAGACACAACUGUUCUGGGAGCUUGGCAGACAUGCCCCUCUUCGGAAAUACGUUCAGUCCCAAGAAGACGCCCCCUCGGAAGUCGGCCUCACUCUCUAACCUUCACUCUCUGGACAGAUCCACUCGGGAGGUUGAGCUGGGAUUGGACUAUGGAACACCAACCAUGAACCUGGCCGGGCAGAGCCUCAAGUUUGAAAAUGGCCAGUGGAUAUCAGAAUCAGGGGCCUGUGGAGGUGGAGACCGUAGGGAGGCCCAGCGACUGCGAAAGAGGAACCAGCAGCUGGAAGAAGAGAACAAUCUCCUGCGACUCAAAGUGGACAUCCUGCUGGACAUGCUCUCUGAGACCACGGCCGAGUCCCACCUCAUGGAGAAGGAACUGGAUGAACUGAAGAGCAUUAGCCGGAGGAGGAAGUGAUGUCAGAGGCGCCAAGCCCUAGGGGUCGGUAUCAAAGGGUCAAGAAAGAGGGAGGGCUGGCCCUGGUGGACACGUCCUUUUGGCGGAGGACACCAGCGUGCAGAACUGGCUAGAGCCAUGCCUCCUGUCCAGGAGAGGAUGGGGACUUGAUGUCGAGCCUAGGAAUCUUGGGGUGAUGUGGUCGAGCCUCACCAAUGGAGGGGAAGAGCAGCCCCAUUCGGUUCUUCUCUGCAAGGUGCAUGGUGCCAGUAAGUCACUGGCACGCUUCUGGUUGGCCCCUGCUGUGCAUAUCUCUGGGGUGGCCUGAGGUCCAGCUCUGGCUCUGCCCCUCUACUGGUCUGCCCUCUCCUAAAUUAGUGGCUUGGAGGCUUCAGUGGCUCAUCCAGCGCCCACCUUCUCUGGCUGUUCCUGCCAGAGGGCAGUUUUUCUAGUUUUAUUAAAGAAGAUGAAAUCAGCCCUGCUGUGGCUAACUUGAUUCUGCCCCUGGUGGGGGUGGGGCCUCAAUGGCUGGUGGAAUCAGACAUUUGGUGGCACAGAGGAUGCGGGAGGCCACAGGGUCAGGGCAGAGGCUGUGGAUCAGCUCCAAGGUCAUGUGUGGCAGACGUGAGAGCACGACAUUGAGGCUGGCCACCAUUAUUCCCGCUAGGGCUUCAAGCUUCCCUCUCUGCCCAGGGAGCCAGGACCCAGCGUGGGAGCUCUCAGAGAAGGCACCCUGCCUUCUCUUGGCCCAUCAGUCCUUCUUCUGCUUCCUGCACAACAGCCUUGUUAUCGGCUAGAGUGGGAGAGUCUCAGAGUGAGACUUAGGGACAUAUGGCCAUGCUGGGAGGUGACGACACCACAAGUGGAAGGCAUGCCAAGAGGAGCAGGCACAAAACCAGAGUCCAAGGCCGUGGUCCAGGUGUUAGGCGCCCUGCACCCUCCUCGCCUACAGCGGAUAAAGCACUCCCACCAGUCAGGAUGAAUGUGGAGGUGCUCCUUUACUCCAGCGUCCUGUGCUCCAGGUGCUGGGCAUUCCAAGGCCAACAGGAAACAGUCCCUGCCCCCAGGGGGCUUUUAGUCUACUGGGACAAGCACCAUGUACACAGCUAAGUCAAUAUAAAAUAUGCAUAGGCAAACACAUGGAAUCAUUGAUAGCCCUUUUUUAAAUGUGGGAGGAAAGAACACUAGGAAUGACCUCUGACCUCCCCAGAACAAUUUCAUUUAAUGUCAUUCAUCUAUAUCUGAGCUAGUUCUAGUUUAGAGGGAAAGAUGUUCAAAGUGGCUGCAUCCCCCACACGCUCCUAACCCCGUUUUGCCCCAAGACGAUUUCAGUAACAUCUCUAGGGACCCAGACCCAGAACAAGGAAUUAACAUUUCAUCACUGAACAAGGCUAGGUUGGACCUCUCCCUGGACCACCCCCUUCAGGAAUCUCCUAGGUUCCAUGUACAAAGCCAAGGUGAGAAUCUGAAUGCAAUAGGUUAGAGAAGUGACUUCCCAAGUGGAUCCCGGGCUGAUCCCAUAAGCCCAUACAACUAUUAUUGAGAAGAGAAAUGGUUAUAGAGAAGGGCCAAGAACACUACUGACCAGCUCCUAGCAGUCCAGUCCAACCAUCAGUCCUGCUUCCAGAGGUCACCCGUUCCACUCUUAGAGCUGGCAAUAAGCAGCAAAGCACCCUGGGGGAGAGUCAGGCUACCACCACCCUGACCAUCACCCCCCACUCAGACCCUGAUGGAGACAGCCCAAGAGCCUGAGCCAAGAGCCCUGAGAAUAGUGGUGCUGCUGGCCCAGCGCCCUCCUCCACCAUCAUGGGAAGCCACCCCUGGGGAGAUGCAACCUGGGGAUGGCUCCUUCCUGCAGGGGCUGCAGCCACAACUCCAGAACACCCAGAAAGAAGGUUCUUAUCACCCAAGUCCUUGGCCCUGGCCCACAGUCCAAUGUCAGAAAUAUAUGAUUGGAAAUAUUUAUAGCCUCUCUGUGGUAGCAAAGAACUAGAAAUUGCAGGGAUGUUGUCAAUUGGGGGAUGGCUGAACAAGUGUAUGUGGUUGUGAUGGAAUACUAUGGGGCUGUAAGAAAUGAGGAGCUCAUUGAUCUCGGAAAACAUGGAUAGACGUGUGACGUUUUAAAAAAGGUUCAAGAGACAUAAUUUCUGGGUAAUCUAUUAGUAAAACCAGCAUGUUUAUUAAUAAAAGGAUGGUCAUUUAUGGCCAUCUCUCAAAGACCAAAGACCAGGAUCACAGUUUAUACGUCCAUGGAAGAGCAGAUGUUCCUCAGGGUGGGUGGCGAUCAGCACCUAUUGGUUAACAGUUAAUGAGAAGAUGCAUAUUACAAUGAGGGUCUUGGGGGUACGUGACUUGGGUCACCCAGAUCUUGGUCAAAGAGACAUCAGUUUCCAUAUCACCCGACAAAAGGGAGGAUCACGCAUUUUCCCAGACCUGUCUGAGCAAACAAUGAACAGGAACGCACCCAUUACCCAAACUUAGAAUUUCUUUUACUGUCUUUGAUUAGAUCUUGGCCUGGGCAAAUCUCUGCCUAAGAUUUCCUAUACUGGUUGAUUUCUGGAUGAGAAAGUAGAAAAAGGGAAAAAGCUUCCCUAAUAAAAUAACUAUUAAAUAGGAGAGAAAUAAUUAAUUUCUCACACAUGCAAGACAUGAGUGAAAUGAGCAGAACCAACAGAAUGCUGUAUUCAGUAAUAGCAAUAUUGUUUUAAGAAUGAGCAAAUGAGUCAUUUUGACUAUUAUAAAUACCCAAAUUAACUAGAAAGGACAUUUGAAGGAAGCUUUACAUCUGGAGAAAAAACUGAUAAAUAGAAGGUAUAGAUGUGUAAAAUUAUUUCUAUAUAUAUGUGUAUAUAUGUCUAUAUACACACACAUACAAACACAUAUACACAUACACACAUUUGUGUCUGAGG